AUGGCCCCUCUUGUUCCUUUCCACACUAUGGACCGUCAGUGGGACGCACGCUUCAAUGUACCUACCGAUGAAGAUCUCGAGGCUCUCCUUCUCAAUGUCAAGAGCGAAGUUGACCAAGGAAAGUUCCAAUACUGCCUCGUCGGUGGAGUAGAGAUCGGUGAUCGUCCUUACCAAACGGACUACCUCAUCAAGCACGUGCACGUAGCUCUGGUGUACAAUAACCGCGUCUCGAAGAACUCCGUGCUGAAGAAUCUUCAAAUCAAGCAAGGCAAUGGCUAUUACCUUGUUCCACGUAACCGUGAUCUGCCUAUCCAAGGCUGGAUCGAUCAUCACACCAAGUCAAAAACGAAAAUCAACGAGGACUUCAAGCUGUAUGAGUACGGCACUCUACCUGCUGACAAACCCAAUAUCUCUGCUCAAGUGACCAAGAGAUCGCCAGAGGAAAAGAAGAGAAAACUUGACGAUGUCAUCAAGGAGAUGCGAGGCAUGAUCGAAGAAGGACGCGAAGAGGAAGCCUUCACCAAGUUUCCUCGAAACUACUUGACCUAUGGAGAAAAGCUGAAAGCUAUGAUCUCACAGCGUCGUGACUUUUUCAAGAGCAACGGUGACCCUCACAUCUGGCUUACUGGUACUCCUGGUUCUGGCAAGUCUGCCAUCUUGCAGGUCAUCUAUCCUGCGUAUUACAACAAGAAUCUGGACAACCGUUUCUUCGACUUGUACCAGCCAAAAGUGCACACGCACAUGCUUCUUCAAGAUGUCGAUCACACGACGGUUGAAAAGUUGGGAGUCCAGUUCCUAAAGACCAUCUGUGACGAAGCUGGUUUCCCAGUUGACCAAAAGUACAAGACGCCGCAACUGGCUCGUACCACUGUCUUGGUCUCUUCCAACUUCACCAUCAACGAUGUGAUUCCGGAAGACAUGCCAGGACGCAAUGAAAAUCUAACGGCUCUGCGUCGUCGCUUCUAUGAAGUGAACGUUCGUGUUCUUUUGCAGAUACUCGGACUGAAGCUUCUGUCGAAGUACGAACUGAACGGCUUGAAACGCGUGGGAAAUCAAGAUCCAACCAAACUCUUCAUGUCGUGGGAUUACACUCGUGACAUUCCCACUGGAGAGUCGUUGAAGACUGCCAAGGAAUACCAGCAGAUCAUCAAGGAUCACUACUACGGAACGAACACUUCGCCUCACUCGAGUCAAGUUGCUUUAGCACAUGAUAUUGCUUAUGAUUUCUUGGAAAAAAAAGGAUUCAAUCCAUAUACACAAUAUGGAAAAGACGAUGAACGAGCAUAUCAAGAAUUCUCAUUUAACGAUUACGGUGGAGCGCUAGGAAAACUGUACUUUGGUAUAAAACGUAAUGCAGCAAAAGCUGGAUUAGUAGGACCACCAGGAAAGCGUCUUCGAGGAAAACAUUGGGACGAUAAAAAAGAUGGUCAAUCACCUGGAGAACCAUCAUUGCCGAAUUCGACUGAUAACGCACAAGUCAACUUCCAGAAUACUAUGAACGGAAAUGGAAGUGGUGAAGGUGACGGAUCUGGUAACCAAGCCGGUCUUCGAGAGACUCCAAUCGAUAAUCCCUAUGUCGUGUUCAGAGGACCACCAGACUAUACGUUCGCGAGUCUGCCGUAUGUUGAAACGCGAUACGCGGAUAUUGCAGACUACUAUUCGAGAGAUCAUAUCUUUCGUCUGACCUCACCAUACGAUUGUUCGCAAGCCAAUUCUGUUGUUGGCAUUAACGCUGGUGCUGGUGUUACAAACAUUACUCCUGAGAGCGCUGAUGGAACGUUGCAAUCGGCCCGGUGGUUUAACUACUACUCCGGACUAUACAACUACUAUCAUGUGGUAUCGUGCCAGUACAAUGUGUUUGUGGAGAACUUAUCUACAGAACCUUUGUGGGUAUACCGACUCUUCUACAACGAUGACCAGCCAAAUACACUGGCUAGUAACGACGAUAUGCAGCUGUGGCCAAACACAAUGUACCACUAUCUCGAUCGCCGUGCUCUUGCUAUCACUGGAACUGGAAAAGUUGAAGUUGCAGGAGAACAUCCUGAUGACACCAUCAAUGCUGAGAACAUCAACUCGACUGCCUUGAUAGACAAUUUUGAGAAUACGAACAUGGUGGCAAACAAUGGUGUAUCCAAGUGUGUCAUUUCUGGAGAAUACCGUACUGGUCAACACACAAGAGAAAUUCGUUUGGAUUCAUCAGUUGAGAAUUGGACGGCUACUAACACAAACCCUCUACUUCCGGAGAAACUAUUGAUUCGUGUGAAGCCUGUGAAUGAUACAGUUCGUCUAAACAGUGCUACUAGUUCUGGUGACGAUCUUAAGUACAAGAUUGUUGUGAAGCUGAACUACCUUGUCGAGUUCAAGGAACUUCCUGUCGGUCUACGUUAUCCAGUGCAAAGACAACCUUUGACUGUUACAAUUGCUGCUGACGUGGAGUCUACGAACUAA